GAAUCGGCCGGGAUGAAGAUGGAGCUCACCGGGGUCAACUGGGUGGUCGCAGCUGCAGGGUUUCUGCUCAUCUGGGCCAGCGCUGGCUCGGCUGCGCCUCUGGAGUGCCACUUCGACUCACGGGCUGUGUGUGAGUUCCAAGGGAAGCAGUACUCCCUGGGGGACACCUGGAUGGACGACGCUUGCAUGCAGUGCACCUGUCUGCACCCCGUUGGCGUUGGUUGCUGCGAGACAGUGCAUCGGCCCGUGGACUUCCCUGCGUGGUGUGAGGUGCGGGUUGAGCCYGUGACCUGCAGAGUGGUUCUGGUCCAGUCGGCCGACACCCGCCUGCCGUGCUCCCCAGGAGAAACGAACAGGGACCCGAGCCACGGAUCCCUUCAGCUGCAGCAACAGCUCGAGGGUUAGAGAGUCRCAGCAGUUCAGCCACAUGAACAAUGCUUCUCCUUAUAUAUAAAAUCAACCAGAGUCUGAUUCUUGUGUUGUUUUUCACAAAAUAUGAGCAGUUUCUUUCCUCGUUUGUGUUUUAAAUGUUCAAAACAUACUUUUAAGUUCUUUAAAUAACACUUCUUUCUCUGUUUCAUAGCAAAUAUUACAUCAUUUGUAUUCUUUAARGCUACACAAUAAAWUCAGCUUGAAGUGACRGUUCAUAUUUUCUGAAGUGGGGUUCAAGAGAGAGGUUAUGACAGCUAAUAUCUUACUUGUUGUAGAUAGCUCAUCAAACACUGACGAGCU